AUGACCUCGACUCCCGGAGGCUACCAUCAAAUUCGACCAACGUCACCAACUCCAUCUCAGCUACCGCCGAUCCCCGGGUCGCCCACCUUCACCUAUGCCUCCACAAACCGCCUCUCGACUUAUACACUUCCAGUGCCACCCCCACCUCGUCCGCCGCAUGCGAUUUUGACCAAGGCGGACCUCGAAGCCAGCCAUGUCGCAUAUGGCGAUCUUCUGGCUACUGCCAAAAGCUACAGGCAAGCACUUGCCUCGCUAUCGGUGGCUGCUUCUGCCUUUGGCGCGUCUCUCGAGGCAUGCGCCCGUCUCAAGGAGUCGCGGGCAGAUGCCUUGGGGCCGGCCGGCAACUCCAGUCUUAGCAACAGCUACACGAAUAAGGGUUCGUGCACGGCAGAUCUGCUCAUGAGCACCAGUGGCGUGCACCACCUCAUCGCCAACCACCAACAGAUUUUGAGCGAAACCGUGUACCGAAACUUUGAGGUGCCGCUUCUCCACGAGCUGGACAAGUGGCGCGGCGCCAUUGAGGAUGAGGACGAAUCUUAUAAGAGCGAGAUUGCCGCCCGAUCCAAAGAGAUCAGAAAGCUCGAAAAGGAGGGACUUAAGCUGCAUAAGCAGCGAAGGAGGGAUGUUGGCAAAUUCAGGGAGCACCUGGUUGAGCUGACAAAUAGGCUGGACGGCUUGACCACUGUCCACGGCGAGCAUGCACGAACGUUGCUUAGAGAAAGCCAGGAGACUAGCGUCAAGAUUCUGGAUGCGAGCUGCAGCUUGGUCAGGGCCGAAGUGGACAUAUUUGAGAGCCUCGCGAGAAAGGGCUGGAGCGGAGGCGGCCUCGACGAACUUUUGGAAAAGGGCAAGGAUCUGUUUGCCAACGACGAUGAGAGUCUGGGUGGUGGCGUGGACCCAGCAGUUGUGGCAGUCACGAAUGGGGAGGGUGCCAGGCUGUUUAGUAUAUUGCCCCCCAAGAGCAUUCUCGCCGACACGACUCCUGGUGAUUCCAGCAGAUAUCGACCUCAUCACCGUGCUGACAGCUUACGAGUGGAUACGGACCGAUAUCAAAGUCUUGCCGGUGCCGUAGAUCGCGAUGGUGACAGGGGCGAUACCGACAGCAUAUUUAGCGACUUUAACCAGAGUCGCGGUGUACGGUCUUUCAGCCCACAACCGAUUCGCAGACACCCUACUGGCGUGAUGCUGGAUCCUGAUUCGCUGCUUGUCGAGGGCGAAGAAAGCGAGGAUGGAGGAGCCGGAGAUGGCAGCAUUCCAGAAUUGUCACCAGAUGAGCAUGAGGAGAAGGACGAUGGCCCCGAAGACACGACGGACGACUCACCAUGGAAAGAUGUCGUUGUUGGGCUAAGAAAGACAAGUGGUGGGACGGCCACGGAGUUCUCGACUGCCAAGGAAAGAGAAGAACGUUGGACAGUCAAUGAAGAGGAUCAGAUCGAAAACGAAGUCGGAAACGAAGAAUCAUGA